GCCUGGUGGUAGCAAGGCACAGACUCAGGCAAGUCAAAUAUUUGAGCAUCCUGGUGGUGGCUGUUGACUGGCUCCCCACAGAGCUGUCACCUGGGAGUGGACAGGGCCAGUGUUUCACUGAGGACUGCUCUUCUUUCAUGCAGAGCACUAUGCAACGUCGCUUCAGCCAGCCGCAGGAGCAAGUGCUCAUCAACCGCCAGGACGUCAUAAACAAAAAGGAUGCCUGGGAGAAGCAAGAGUUCAUUCGCAUGUCCAUCCAAUAUAUGCUGCAACAUCCUGCCUUCCAGCUGCUGCUGGCCUUUCUGCUGGUGACCAAUGCCAUCACCAUUGCUCUCCGCACCAACUCCUUCCUUGACCAGAAACACUAUGAAUUGUUCUCAGUCAUAGACAACAUUGUGCUGACCACCCUCAUCUGUGAGGUUCUCCUCCACUGGCUCAGUGACUUCUGGAUUUUCUGGAAGGACGGAUGGAACAUCCUCAACUUCUUCAUUGUCUGCAUGUUGACUUUGGGGGUCCUGAAAGUGGUCAACGUCUCUAUCACAUACUGUCUCAGGGUUCUUCGGCUGGUGCAUGUGUGCAUGGCGGUGGAGCCCCUGGCCCGGAUCAUCCGUGUCAUCCUGCAGGCGGGCCCCGGCAUGGCCCAGAUCGGGGUCCUCAUCCUCUUUGUCAUGCUGGUUUUCGCACUGCUUGGGGUCACACUCUUUGGUGAGUUCGUGCCUAUCCAUUUUGGGAACCUGGGGGUGGCCUUGUACACUCUCUUCGUCUGCCUCACACAGGAUGGAUGGGUGGACAUCUACAGCGACUUCCGGAGGAAUCAGAGGGACUAUGCCCUGGAGACCGGGGGAGCCAUCUACUUUGCCAUCUUCAUCAUCAUCGGUGGCAUCAUUGGCAUGAACCUGCUUGUUACUGUGGUGAUCAGGAAUCUAGAACAAAUCAUGACAGAGAAGAUGGAGAAACAGCAUCAAAAAAACUUCAGUGAGGCAGGUACUGAGAAGGAAGACUGGAGUCACGAGCUGCCACUCCUGCACUGUGCACUUGUUCGCGUGGAGAAAACUGGUCCCUACCAGGAACCUCUUGUGGGGAGCCCCAUGUCAAACCUCUCAGAAAACAUGCUUGAUGGUUUCUGCUUGGUGCUUGAAGCAAUAGAGGAGAACUUGACGCAGUACAAGAAGAUCAGAGAGGAGCUUGACAACAUCGUGCAGAAGGUACGCGCCAUCCCCUUCAACCAGGAGCAAGUGGAAGAGCUGAUGCAUAGGCCCUUGUCGAUGACCUUGAUGGAAAGCGGGUCUUCUAUAGACCUCCAGAACAUAGCUAAAAAGCAAGAUUUGUUCAGUGCGCUGGUUAGCAGAGCAAAGGUGUGCUUUCUUUCUUGUAUCUAACCAACACUCACCCCAACAUCCAACCCAGCCCCAGGUCUACUAGUCAAGGUCAAUGUCUGUUCCAAGAUCUGUCUGUCCCCUCAACUCCCAUCCCUGGAGUUAGGUCUCACACUUCCCUUCUCAGAGGCCUUACACACUGGCAUCAGGCUUCACCUUAUGACUCAGUUUCCUUUCUCUAAUAAACCCACUCCCUCUUAGUGUGGCUUGAGCCAGCUCAGCUCCUCCCUAGAGCCAGAUGCUUAGCUCCACCAUGGACAAAAAGACACCUGGAUCCCAUCUAGGGUACAUAAGAACAGCAGCCUCCUAAGAAAGGAAGCUUCUAGAUGGAACAGGCACACAUUCAUCUCACUUAGUCCUUCCCUCUCUCUCCCACACUCCCCAUCCCACCGGGAUAGAAAGUCCUGAAACCUUGGGAGUGUAUGGGCUUCCUGCUCCCCAACAAACUAAGUUAGACCUCUGGAAAGUCGGGAUGGUGCAGGCCUACCUUGCCCCAGCUCCAUCCUGGAGAAAUGUGAGGCUGAAGGGAAGAAGAGAGUGUCAUGUCAGGGAGGGGGAAUGACAAGACCUCUUGGUUUGCAGGUUUAUGAGUCUGUAACAAACACGGCAGUGAGCAAACACAAGAUCAGCCUCUGAGAAAGCAGGAUGGGAGCCAAGGGGCUUGUACAUGCACAGGCAGCUACUAUGUCUUCCUGUACCCUGAGCACGGCUUGGCAAGACCAGGCAUUUGUACUGACAAUAAAGUUUUGUGUUGGAAUCU